AUGGACCAAUGUGACACUACCUGCUGUGAUGACCAUCCGACUCUGUUGGUCUUUGUUGACAAGUCUGGGAUCCUGGUGAGAAGCUACCUGCUGACUGAAUGGCCACCUGACUGUGUUGGCAGGUCGGGGAUCCUGGUGGCGGUGCUGCUGGUGUGGGAGCUGCCGACGGAGGAGGUGUGCGCGCGCCAGCUGUGGCACUACCUGCUGGGCUACGUGGCACUGCUGGCCGGCUGCCUGCUGCUCGAGGCGCUCAUCUCGGCCGUCGCCAUGCGCGGCUCCAUCCUCGACACCGAGGCGCGCGCCUCCAUGCAGUACCUGCUCUACGUCAGGCUCGGAAUCAUGUGCCUGGAGCUGAUCUGGCUGGUGGCCGGAGUCGUGUGGCUCGCCUACCACUACCGGCAGUGCCCCGCCCACUCUGCCAAGGAGGUCGCCCUAGGUCUGGUGAUCUGCAACUGGUGCGUUCUCCUCAGCAUCCUGAUGACCGUGUGGUGCACGUUCGAUGCGGCGGGCCGCUCCUGGGUCAAGAUGAAGGAGUACCAGCGCAGUACCAGGGAUGCAGACUCCAGGAGGCCCUACCGCCGCUCCACCAGCACCAGCCGCAACUGGAGGCAGAGGAAGGUGAUCCGGGCGUACCAGGACAGCUGGAACCACCGGUGUAGACUGCUCUUCUGCUGCAUGGGGAACAGCGACAGGAACCGGAACUCGUUCGCGGACAUCGCGCGCCUGCUGUCCGAGUUCUUCCGCGACCUGGACGUGGUGCCUUCUGACGUGGUGGCCGGCCUGGUGCUGCUCAGGAAGUUCCAGAAGAUCGAGCGCGAAGCCGUCGUCAAGGAGCGCAGGAACGACACGUACGAGUUCCUGUCCGGGGUGCCGGUGACGCCGGCCACGCAGUUCGUCGCGCUGACCGAGGCGGCCGACCUGGGCCGCUUCCAGGACGCCGUCCACUACAUGCACUUCGCGCUCGCAGCCUACGGCUGGCCCAUGUUCCUCGUCACGUACAGCGCCACCGGCGUCUGCCAGCUCUGCGCCUCCAUCAGGUGUUCGUGCCUGUGGUGCGCGCCGCCCAAGGACCCGGCGGUCAUCGUCGAGGACAACUGCUGCCGCUGCAACUACGCGGCGCUGCGGCGCAUGGUGGACGUGGGCGACGUCGCCGUCGUGUACGCCACCUACCACGUCGACGUCGGCGAGACGCCCUUCUUCGUCGCCGUCGACUACACCAAGCGCAAGGUCGUCAUCAGCAUCCGAGGCACCCUCUCGCUCCAGGACGUGAUCACGGACCUGAACGCCGAGGGUGAGCCGCUGCCGCUGGAGCCGGUUCGCGAAGACUGGCUGGGUCACAAGGGCAUGGUGCAGGCGGCGGAGUACAUCCGGCAGAAGCUGCGCGAGGAGUGCAUCCUGGAGGCGGCGUUCGGCCACGACCCGGAGCGCGGGUCUGCCGGCUUCGAGCUGGUGCUGGUGGGCCACAGCCUGGGCGCCGGCACCGCCGCCAUUCUGGCCAUCCUGCUGCGCCAGCACCACCCCACGCUCACCUGCUUCGCCUACUCGCCGCCCGGCGGCACGCUCAGCAUGCCCGCCGCGGAGCACAGCAAGCAGUUCAUCACGUCCGUGGUGGUGGGCAAGGACGUGGUGCCGCGCAUCGGCCUCCACCAGCUGGAGUCGCUGCGCGCUGACCUCAUCAACACCAUCAAGCGCAGCAAGGACCCCAAGUGGAAGACCAUCUUCUGCAGUGCGGUGUGCUGCGGCUGCGCGCCGAUGCCGACGUCGGCGGCGGAGCUGCAGGGCGACUCCAGCCUGUGCGAGUACCGGCGCGAGCGGCAGGCGGCGCGUGCGUCGGGGGCGGCCGCCGUCCACCCCUCCGACCCCAGCAUCGCGCUCACCGUGCACCAGCCGCUCUACCCGCCGGGCCGCAUCAUACACGUGGUGCGGCACCACCCCUCCAAGGGAGAGCAGGUGCUGAACAAGCAUGAGCCUGUCUACCAGGCCGUGUGGGCGAACACGACUGACUUUGAUGAGGUCCUCAUCUCACCAGUCAUGAUACAGGACCACAUGCCUGAUAAUGUGCUUGAUGCUCUCAAUAAGGUAAUUUCUCACUCGAAGCGUUUCUCUGCUGAGGCAGCUCGACCCCACACAAAUUGUAUACAGUCAGAGCCAAGCUGCCCUGAUUACAAUGACACAAGGUUAUAACGACGGUGGGGCCGGC